ACCAGGCCAUUCUUCCACAAGCUUAUCGAAGAGACUCAGUCCUAAGAACGAACACCAAAUCCGCCAGCAUGUCGCACAAGAUGGUCGCCGCUUCCUUGAUCUUCUUGGUCGUCUUGAUAAUGCGUGUGACUGCUUCCCCAGCAAUCUCUCCCAGUGUUAAUACGAUCAUCAAACGGUCUUACCCAGACGCCAAACCGCUCAAGUAUGUCAAGAGAAGCCCCACCGCGAAUGGGAAACCAUUUUAA